AUGGGGAAAGAUAAGAAGAAGAAGUCCACUGAGCCCAAGGCAAAGCUCCCCGAGCACCUGGAACUUCGACGGGAUUACGUUACCUGUGGUGACAAGCUUAACUACAAUGUGCACACCUUCACCUCCGCAAAUGUGUUUAGCGCCAUGGGCGUCGACAACAGCUGGGACCUUGCGCAGUUCAAGAAGGACUUCAAAAUCAUCAUCAACAAGUUGGACAAGGAGGUGUUGGAGUUUGACAUGAUCGGAGUGGACCCCGCAAUCGCCAACGCGCUGCGGCGGAUUCUGAUUGCCGAGGUGCCCACGAUGGCCAUUGAACAUGUCUUCAUGAUCAACAACACCUCCAUUAUCCAGGACGAAGUUCUCGCUCACCGGCUGGGUAUGGUCCCCCUGCUGGCGGACCCGCAACUGUUCGAGGCCAAGGUGGCGGAGGAAGCUCCCAGCGAGAAAAACACACUGGUAUUCAAACUGGAUGUCACGUGCAAGAGGGGAGAGAAUCGGAUGUUCUCCGGGCAGUUGGAGUGGUUGCCGGGGGGCUCGGAGCUGCCCGAGGAAACCACGUGCCGAUUCGCUGCGGGGCAGGCACACCUGUUUGCCGACCCCGCCACUCCGAAACCACGUGCCGUACACGACGACAUCCUUCUUGCCAAGUUGCGCCCCGGUCAGACUAUCCAGCUGGAGGCGCACGCCACCAAGGGGCGGGGUAAGGAGCACGCCAAGUGGUCCCCCGUCGCAACGGCCUGGUACCGCCUGCAGCCUGUCGUACACGUGAUCCAGGACGUGGCGGUGGACAGCGAUGUGGGUCAGGAGCUGAUGUCCGCGUGCCCCGGUCUGUUCGUGGCGGACGAGGGCGGCCGAGUGCUGAGAGCCAAUGACGCCCGGGGGCACGAGAUGCUCCGGCGGCUGUUGGAGCAGGAGCGGUUCUCGUCGUGUGUGUCGUACCGCAAGAAGAAGGACCACUUCAUUUUCACCAUCGAGUCCUCCGGGGCGGUGCCCCCCCUGGAGCUGCUGGGGCAGGCUUUGGAGCUACUGGGGGAGAAGGCCCGGGACCUUACAGGGAAGCUGUGA